AUGAGUGGACAGAACGACGACGAUAAGGACAUCCAGAAGGCCUUGCCGCUGGAUUUGGCUAGAAGUCAAAUAACCGCUGGAAAGGGGCCUCUAGUGAUGACUGGCCAGUCUCUGAGGGGCAUGAGGGUUCUGCAAGGGGCGCUAACAACCAGUACGAACACUUCAGUGGGGGGACAGACGAUAAUAACUACAAACAUUGUGCCACAAGCCGUGCUAAAACAAGACUCUGGUAGGGCCCAGCUGGGCAUUAUAACGAGCACCCAGGGUUCAAAUCAGCAAGGAAAUCUGACAAUCCAGCAAAGACCCGCACAGAUAACUUUAUCGGCGCCUUUGGUAAACCAAACUGGGGCUUCAUAUCACGUUCCGAGAGGCCCAGCUGUGGUAGCAAGCCUAGCUACCAACCGUAGCAAUGUAACGACAGGUCAUGGGUUUGUGAGACCCCCCAGAACGCCCAGUCCGGCCCAGGCUACCGCUUGGUUGACCACAAGCUCUUCAAACGGCGGUCAAAUCAAGGGGGCUACAACGGUGCUAAGUUCGCCCGUUAGAGGCGCCACCGUCACGGGGAAGCCCCAGAUCGUGGGUAGGGCGCAAAGUGGGGCUGUUUCCACAAUUAGGCCCGGGACUAUAUUGCAAAAUGCUAUAAUAGCUCAACCAACUCAGAUUCACCCUUACAAGCCCGGGGCAAGCACUAUUCAGACUAUAGGGAGUUCUGUGACCAUAGCGCAAGUGCUGCCCUCUAGAACUCAGGCUGUAGUUUACAGUGCCAAUACAGGAUCACAAUUUCCUUCUACUAGGUUAACUGUGGCCAGUAAUUUACCCAACCAAAGGCAAAAUCAAGGUGUCAGACCCAUUGGGCAGGUGGCUACGGCGCGUCUGACGGUCCCCGUGAACGUGGCAACGUCGGGCGCGAGGUUGGUGGCCCCGCAAACGGUGCUAACUUCGGGCGCGAGGAUAUCUGCGGUGCAGUCGCCGCAGCAGCAGCAGCAGGGCGCGCGCAUCGUGUGUACGCAGCCUAGCGCGCCAUUGGGCAGGCUGACGGUGGCCACGCCCACCGUCGUCUCCGCCAAUAACGUACUAGGCACGAGGAUCAGCGCGCUGAAUCUGUCGAACAUCUCGAGUCUGGUCGCCGUUGCCAAUUCUCCGCAGCAACGCGGGUUGCAGACGCAAGGCCCCAAGGUCAUCACGCAGCCAACUCAAGCUAUUCAUUUGACUUCUCUUCAGUCUCCACUAAAAACUACCACACAAAAUGUAGUUUCCACUUCUACAAGAACAAUAAGUGUUCCAGCCGCCAUAGUAACUCAAAGACAGACAACCGUAGUGCCAUCUCAAGCCAUAUCGAUUGCCAAAGUUUUUCCAUCGGGUGACAAUCAAGUUUCAGGAACCCCCGCAAAUGUUUUUAUACACGCGCCUGUGCAGACUACGCCCAAAAGAAUGUCGCCGAAUCCCAGCGCGGUGCACAACCAACAGCACCAACAGGUGUCCCAGGGAGGGGGCAACGCGACUCUGGCGCCGACCACCACCGUCGCCACGGCCUACUCUCUACCGACCGGUACGUAUUUCUACGACGCGGCAGGAACGGUGGCGCGAUCUUUCGCCCAGCAGCAGCAGCCGCACGCUGCGCCGCACCAGCUGCAGCAGCAGGCGACGCCGUUCGCGCAGCUGUCGCAGAGCGGGCAGCUGCAGCAGCAGAUCAGACCCGCCGCGCACGCGCACGGUACGACAGUCAUCUAGCUUCCAACAAAUCCCUGCUGUACAACCAGGUGAUGAUGCUGGACCAGCAACAGCACAGAUCCCAGCAACCGUACGGCCAAGGCCAGCUGCUGGACCAGCAAGAGCAGCAGCCCCUCCCCUCGAAACCGACCUCCUCCCCCCGGCCCAGCAUUCUGCGCAAGCGCGACCACGACGGCUCGCCCCUCAAAGCGUCGAAAAAUCUCACCCCCCUCCUCACGAGCCUGCCCCCCUCGCAGAGCCCCGCCCCCGCGUCCCCCCCUUCGAGGCCACACUUCCGGCGGAAGUACCACCAUUUCCGCCACGUCGAGUCCCGGCCUGGGGGAGGUAAACGAGGACAGCAUGCCGCACGCCCCCGUCAAGGACGAGGAGGACGUCAAACCUCCGACGGAGAUGAGUCCCAGGAAGAAACCCAGAAAGCAACAGCUAACCGGCAGCAACGACCUAAACGAGCACAACGACGACAUGCAGUUCAUAUCGGACCACGUGAAAAAAGAGGAGGACUCUGAGAACGGCCAGUCGGACGCCGAGCCGCGAGAUGGCGCUCCGGAGGCCGGUGGACGCGUGGCAACGGUGCGCAAACCGGCCACGGCCAGCUUGCUAAACGGCUACCGGCAAAACUGGAAGGCCACGCACAACCACUACCUGAGGUACUCCGACGUGCGGCCGAAAGAGGAGCGCAAGCCGUCCAUCAUGGAUCUGGCGAAUCAGUGCCGGGUUCAGGAGAAGGUGAACGGUUGGAAAAUCCAUCACCUGACGACGCAAAUGGAGGAUUUGGCCGACCAAGAGCACCAAGUGUACAAUCAACUCACCGAUCUGUUAAAAUGCACGGAGUUGGAGGAAACCAACAAAAACGACAGGGAUAUAAACAGAAUCAAUGAGUUAAUAAAGGGCAAUAUGCAAAGGAUAAAAAUCAUAAACGACGGCAUGAUAGACGCGAAAACGCAAAUAAUGAAGAUUUUCGACCACAAAGUGCACGUCACUGACAUAAUCAACCGAUGCGCGAGCAAGAGGAACUUCAAGAAGCGCGACAAGUCCACGUAA